AUGUUUGAGGACGAAGUGAUCGAGGAAAACCACAUCGAGAAGCUCGUGUCGGCGACGUGUUCCCACCACGAAGCCGAAGAGGACGUCGUCUACGACUCCGGGUACGCGUGGGUGGUGUGCCUCUGCUGUUUCUUUAUGAAUUUUUGUACGUGGGGGAUGAAUCUGGGGUUCGCCAUCUACUUUGCCAACUACCUAGACCUGGGUACGUUCGCUGGCGCUACGAAAUUGGACUAUGCCUGGAUCGGAGGGAUUGCUUUCGGGGUGGGGCUCGCCUUUCUGCCCGUGGUAAAUUGGUUGGUGCCCAUUCUCGGCAUGAACGGGUGUCUUUUACUCGGUAAUUGUCUCCAGUUCACCGCGCUUAUGCUUGCCAGUUGGCUGACUAAACUCUGGCAAUUAUACUUGACUCAAGGGUUGAUGAACUCGUUUGGGCUUGCAUUUAUCCUGAUCCCUCAGCUUAUCAUCAUCCCGAUGUGGUUUAAGAAGAAACGGGUGUUUGCCGGUGGUAUCACUUCCGCCGGUCUGGGGGCCGGCGGUAUCCUUUUCAAUUUGGGGAUGCAGGCCAUCGUCGAAGCAAAACUGGUCCACUGGGCCCUCAGAGCCCAGGCGAUCAUCCUGUUUGGCAUCAUGUGGUUCCCCACCGUCUUCAUCCGCUCGCGCCACAAGUCGAGCGGCGCCGGCUUCAAAUUGGUCGACAAGCAGAUCUUGAUGCUGGCGUCGUUCUACAUCUUGGCCAUGUACAUCAUCUUUUGCAUUUUCUCCUACGUCAUCCUUCUUUACUCGCUUGCCCAGUGGACCACCACUCUCGGCGAAUCAGUGUACCGGGGUCUGAUCGUCAGUGCCUGCGUCCAGGUGGGACUGUGUGUGUUCCGUCCCAUAUUCGGUGUGCUUGGCACCCCCAAGUUUCUUGGACCCCUCACCAUGGGCUCCAUCCUUUAUACCCUUUGUGGCAUCUUCUGUCUUGCCAUGUGGAUCCCGCUGCGUAACUUCGCCGCCGCAGUGGCGUUUGCCAUAAUUGAAGGCGGGAUGAUGGGGUUCAUCUACAGUAUGUUCACCCCGGUGUGUGCCGCUGUGUUUGGCAUGAAAAAGAUGUCAACGGCCUUCUCCAAUUUAUGGGUGCUUCAGGGGCUUGCUGCCAUCUUUGGUCCCGUUAUUGGUAUCAAACUUAGGCGUGGUGAGGGUGCAUACGUCGACCCCACGCAGUACCAGGACUGUGCCAUUUUCUGUGGCGUGUGUUUCAUCGCUGCUGGCUUCUUUUUAUUCCUAGAGAGAGGCUACUUGGUGGCGAGAAACCGCAUCAUGGUCGCCGAGGGCCACGAAGUCGACCCGGAUAAAAUCGACUUCGCCGCGUAUACGGUGCCGCCGAUGGCGGUGCUCAGAGGGUGCUUUGGAGCCGGUAAAUUCUAG